UUUACACUUCAGUUUAGCACACUGUAAAAAUAACAUCCAAAUUAUGCAGUCAGCAUAGCAAAAAUUGUGUAUUAAAUCAAUAGCAGUUUCCAUUUGCAUAGUCGAGAGUUUGUGGCCAGCGCUAAAGACCCCCAAAUGGACCGCAGGGAAGACAACGGGCAGUCGUACGAGUUGCAGCGGCACAGAAACCGAGAACUUAAUGCCAGCGUUGACGCUUUGGUGAUCCUCAGAAGGAACACGGAACGCAUUAUGGACAGUGUCAUUCUGAAUCUGGAUGCGCUGAAUAGAGCGCUGGAUCAUCUGGAGGAGCGUACAGAUCGCGUACUCGCCCAGCUGCGACAGUAUAUACAGUCCAUGGACGAUCUGGAUGAGUCGAAUACGGCGCGCUGGCAUGGUGGAUACGGCGAUCCAGAUGCCACAAUUUAGACAGCGGCAGCUCGCCGCCAACAACUCGACUGCAAAUAUUGAAAAUACAAAAAAUUCAUCAACAUCGAAUUGAACAUGAAGCUGGAAAAUAAAAUCUUUGCGGGGGCACAAAGACACAACCAAAAA